UUGGCUGCUUAAAGGAAAACCCCGAUGGCCGCCCCAACCGCGACGGCCGGCAGACGUGUCUCUCUGAGGCGAGAAAAAGAAGCUUGAUAGAUCUUGGAUCUCUUCGCUGCAGCGAAGGAAGUCGAAGCGGGCCUCCUACUCCCCUGUCCGAGUCUCCUUGCCUCCUCCUCGUCGUUCAUGUCUUCUUCUAGUGCUGCCUCGACUCCUCCGCCUCCAUAUGCGGCGAAGAAGGGCUUCCUUCGUCGCAUCGUGCCGCUCCUCCUCGCCGCCAAUCUCGGCAUCGGAGUAUAUGUUCUUACAAGGACUUCAACGAGACAGCCAACCGAUAAGGAUGAGGAAGUUCCUUCUUCUCCAGUAGUCAGCACUGGCGCUCCAGUUCCUGAGAAGAAAUCAUCUGCUGAACCUCCUUCAACACCCAAAAAGGUGCUCCCUCCCAUCCCAGAAAAUGAGCAGCGCCAGCUCUUCAAGUGGAUUCUGGAAGAGAAGAGGAAAGCAAAGCCUCGUGAUUCAGCAGAGAAGAAGAAAAUUGAUGAGGAAAAAUCUCUUCUCAAACAGUUCAUUCAUGAGAAAUCAAUCCCAGUCUUAUAAGGACCUCAUCCAUGAACUGACUUCAUUAAGAGACUGUUGUGCUUGGAUUUAACAUGGAUGUGGUUUCUAUAACGGCCAGUUGGUCUUAUAUGCUGUUCUAGUUUUAUCUUUGCAAACAUCUAAAUGUGUUGUUUAGAUAGAUUCAGCAGGACUCUUCACGGUUCAUAGAAGAAAUCAUGAUAUGGUUGUCAUCUUCUCUUUGAACUGUACUGUGUACAGAACUGAUUGGGAUUUGAGAUAAUGCCUCUUAAUUGUUUUUUAUUAAUAAAAAUUUUUGGGAAGGUGUUUACUAUGGAAGUUAA